AUGGGAGACAUUUUUAAAAACAAUGGAGUCCUCCAGGGCCGGCUGCGUGCUGUGGCGUGUGCUCCUGACAGCUUUGGACCCAGGCUGCCCUGUCCCCACCACGACCAGGGACUCAGAGAGCUCGCCUGGGGGACCCGGCCCCACAGUCACCGCGUCCGUCAUCAGCCUGAAACGCCAUCAGCCCGUGAAUGCUGCCCCAUCGUCUGCAUGGCAGCCAAGGAGGUCUCUGCUCCUAAAGCACCUGGGAACCCUUGGAUGGUCCCAGGUGAUGUGGCGAUGGGUGGGCACUGCAUGGGGGCCUUGGCCAAGCUUGGACACCCCAGUCCCCAGACUGGCCAUUGCCGUGGAGGCAGCACGAGGGUGACAUGGAGCUCGGUGUCCUGCUGCAGGGGAUGCCUCGCGACUGUACGUGUCAUGAUAGCCAGGGGCCCCUCCACAUGUCACUUCGCCAAAGGACGCAGCCCGGCCCGGGGCUCUCUAUCCCAGGCCCGAGGACCUGCGGGGACAAGGCCCCCUCAGCACAGAUGCAGCUCUCAUGAGGCCUGA